GUUUUCCUUGCCAUACUUGCGACCAGUCCCGUUAUCUACCUAAUCUCCCCGGCGCAUCAGCUCCGAUUCACCAACCCAACAACACCACGAUUGAUACCCAGCAGUAAACCAUGGCGUCCGGAUACGACAGAGCUCUUUCAGUCUUCAGUCCCGAUGGACACGUUUUCCAAGUCGAGUAUGCCGGUGAAGCUGUCAAGAGAGGUACCUGCGCGGUGGGCGUAAAGGGCAAGGAUGUCGUCGUCCUUGGUUGCGAAAAGAGGUCGGCCAUGAAGCUCCAAGACACAAGAAUCACCCCCUCCAAGAUUGGCCUGGUCGACAAGCACGUUUGCCUCGCCUUUGCCGGUCUGAACGCCGAUGCCAGAAUUUUGGUGGACAAGGCUCGCCUAGAAGCCCAGUCGCACCGUCUCAACCUUGAGGACCCCGUCACGAUUGAGUACAUCACAAAGUAUGUUGCCGGCGUGCAGCAGCGGUAUACACAGAGUGGUGGUGUUCGUCCUUUUGGUAUUAGCACCUUGAUCGUCGGCUUCGACAACGGCAGCGAUGUUCCCAGGCUCUACCAGACCGAGCCCUCGGGCAUUUACUCUGCAUGGAAAGCCAACGCCAUCGGCCGGUCAAGCAAGACGGUUCGCGAAUUCCUCGAGCGCAACUACAAGGACGACAUGGACCGGGAGGCUACGAUCCGCCUGACCAUCAAGUCCCUACUCGAAGUUGUGCAGACGGGCGCCAAGAACAUUGAGAUUGCCAUCAUGGCUCCCGGCAAGGAGCUCGAGAUGCUCCCUGUCGAGGAUAUCGAGAACUACGUCAAGAACAUUGAGCAGGAGAAGCAGGAGGAGGCGGACAAGAAGAAGAAGGGCCGGACUCCUGGUACGGGCACUGCUGCCAUACUGACCAGGAGCCAGGAUGAGCCAGGUGACCACUAAAGGGGGGGUGGGCGAGAGCAAGCCGAAUGAGUAAAGGUGUCUGUGGCGGCGGAGAUGGGUAUGGCAUGAUGUAGCAGAGAUGCCGUGAUGCUGCUGCUACUACUGCGUACCACGUUUCAAAAACAUAGAAGACGCCUUGAGGUACAGAAGUAAUACCACGAAUGACGACCAAGCAAGGUCCUG